CCGAUUGUCCUGUUGUAACAGAAAAAUCAAGAAAAAGGAAGAUUAAUGUUAAUUUAUAAAAAAUAGAAAAAAAAUGCACAUUUUAUCAAGUCACAUUAGUGGAACAGACUGCAAAUGCAAAAGACUGGCAUGUUUUGAGGUUGUUAAUGUUGAAGAAAGAAACGAAUUAAUUAAAAACUUUAACGAAUAUUUAUCUAAAGAUAGUCAGGACGCAUACUUAGCCACAUUAAUAAAAAUUCACAAUAUCAAAAGACGAAGAUCACGACAGGAAAAAGAUAAAGAAUAUUUACAUAUUUUUUCAUAUUCUUAUAGCGUUAGGGUGCAAAGAGCACAAGCAGCUGUUGAAGUACCGGUUUGCAUUAAAGCUAUGAUGUCUUUGUUUGGAAUAACAAAAUCUAGAAUUGAAUCAAUUCGGAAAUCAAUUGCUACAACUGGUCACCCUCCAAUUGACGAUAUAGGAAAGCAUAAAAAUCGACCGCACAAGUUAUCAGAAAGUGACAGAGAAGCUAUCCGAAAACAUAUAUCUUCUUUUAGAGGAAGGUCGUCUCAUUAUGCUCUUGGAAAAACUAAAAAAAUUUAUUUAUCUGAAAAUCUGAAUGUCUCCAAAAUGUUUGAACUUUUCAAACUUGCUUACCCAACAGUUGAAGUAGGAUAUGAAACAUAUAGAGUAAUUUUUAACAAUAAUUUUAACAUUGGGUUUGGUUUUCCACGAAAAUACACUUGCUUGGCUUGUGAUGAGUUCUUUGUAAAUAUAAAACACAAUGACCAAGAGCUUUUAAAUGCCGUCGAUGAAGACAUUAUCAAACUUAAAAAAAUAAAGAAAGAUCUUGAAACAGAGCAUGAAUUUCACACAAGAAAGGCAGCUUCAUUUUAUAGCAGAAAAUCAGAUGCAAAAAAUAAAGCAAAAAUCUCAGACACAUUUGAAGCUAUUGCUUUUGAUUUUCAUAAGAAUUUGCCAUUGCCUAAUAAAUCCACUAAUGAUGUGUAUUACCGAAGGCAGCUUAAAUUUUUUUCAUUUAAUAUUCACAUCCUAUCAAGUGAUGAGGUUUUUCUUUACACAUGUGAUAAAACAGUAUGAAAAAAAAGAGCUGAUGAUGUUUGCUCUAUGCUUUAUCAUUUUAUUAUUAAUCAUCUUUCUGACAACGUUUCUGAAUUACAUUUCUUUUGUGAUGGAUGUGCAGGACAGAAUAAAAACUACACUGUGUUUCGUUUCUUGCAUUGGAUAGUCCACUAUCAAAAAAGAUUCAAGUGUAUUAAAGUUUCAUUUCCCAUAAGAGGUCAUUCUUAUAUGGAAUGUAAUCGUGACAUGGUAAAUGUUAAUAUAAAGGCUGAUGUUGAAAUCCCAGAGGAUUGGCGUCAAGUUUUCAAGAAUUGUCGAAAAAAACCUUCACCUUUUAAUGUUGUGAACUUUUUAAAUAUACAUUUUUUGAGAUUUUUGGACUUCUUAAAACAAUAUUAUAAGUGCACAUGUCCGAUAAAAACUUGACCAGUCAGAGAACUUGUUUUUCAAGAUAUUCAUCCUUCAUUGGUUCUCUACCGUAACAACUGGAAUGGCAAUAUCGAAAAUACUGUGUUGGUAAAACGUCGACGAAAGAAUCAAAAAGACACUGCUCUAAGUCAGUAUAAUCUCUAUCCAACAGUUUUGCCAAUAAAUGCUGCCAAAUAUAAUGACCUACAGGUUCUUAAGCGCCUUUGCAAACCUGAUAAUCAUAGUUUUUUUGAUAAUCUAGUCACUACUAACACAGGAACACCAGAUUCCGAAUCAGAAAUUUCAGAUACAGAUUAAAUAAUUUUCUUUUAAUGAUUGUUUCUCAAUAGUUUUGUAUUGCUUGUUUUUAUUGAAAAAACUUACUACACAUCCGA